AUGAUAUUUUGCGACAAAAUCGCGGUAGCGAUCGACAAUAUGUUUUCGAUGCCGUUUUCGAUGAAAAUAGUUCCCAGUUUAGUUAAAGAUGUUUUGGACGGUUAUAAUUCGACAAUAUUUGCAUAUGGAGCUUCCGGUUCGGGGAAAACUCAUACGAUGUUGGGUACAACAACCGAACCUGGAAUUAUGGUUCGAGCACUCCAUGAAAUAUUUAAUUUUGUUAAAAAUACAAAUCUUCCACAAAAUUACAACGUUACCAUGUCUUAUUUAGAAAUAUAUAAUGAAAAUAUAAGAGAUUUAUUAAAUCCGGAAACGGGAUUUUUAGAACUUCGAGAAGAUCAAAAAGAAAAAACUGUACACGUUGUUAAAUUAUCAGAAGUUUCAACGAGUUCGACCGAAGAAAUGAUUAGAUUAUUACAAAAAGGAAAUAAAGCGAGAACUAUGGAACCUACAGCACUUAAUAAAACAUCAUCAAGAAGUCACGCACUUUUAAGUAUAAACGUUCGACAAACUUUUCCAAGUGCAAAAAAUGAAAAACUCAAAGCAAGAAUUAAACAAGGAAAAUUAUUUAUGAUUGAUUUAGCCGGUUCGGAAAGAGCCUCACAAACAAAGAAUCGUGGUAAAAGAUUAGUCGAAGGAGCUCAUAUAAAUCGAUCAUUAUUGGCAUUGGGAAAUUGCAUAAAUGCAUUAUCGGGGGGUGCAACAUACGUUAAUUACAGAGAUUCAAAAUUAACGAGAUUGUUAAAAGAUGCACUAAGCGGAAAUAGUCAAACAUGUAUGAUAGCACACGUGAGUCCGGCAUUAAAUCAAAGGGAAGAAAGUAAAAAUACGCUUUUAUAUGCGGAAAGAGCUAAAAGUAUAUCGAAUAAGGUCGAAAAAAAUAUACUCGAUAUAUCGUAUCACGUGUCACAAUAUCGUACCAUAAUAUCGGAAUUACGUGAUGAAAUAGCAAGACUCAAAUCUAAAAUGCCCGAUGAUAAAAUAAUUAUGGAAAAUAUUCAUAAAGAUCGUUUUAAAAUCGAAGAUGAUGAAUUUAAAAAAAAAGAAAACUUUUAUUCCCAACAACGACAAACGAAUCCCGAUCAUUUAGCAUCUAUAAAAAAUGAAAUAAUAACAACAUUUAAAACACAAAUGAAAUUAAGAAAAAGAUUAUUCAAUAUAGAAAGUUAUUUAAUGGAAUUAGAAACGGAAAUCGAAAGGCAACAUACAAUUAUAUCAGAAUGGGAAGGAAAAAAUAAUAGACUUUAUUUUAAUAGUAUAAAUACUGGAAGAUUUCUAGAAAGACCGGAUUUGGGAAGUUUAGAUUUGGAUUACGAAGAUUUCGAAAAAGAUUCGAGUUCUAAAAUUAUUGAAAAAGCUUAUUUAGAAAUUUCAAUACUUGAAAAAGAACAAGAAAAAUAUUCAGAAUUAAGAGGUAUAACGGAAGUAGAAUUGGAAAGAUGUAAAGAAAAAUCAUCUCUGUUGGAAAAAGAAUUACCUUACGAAAUAAAUUCGGAUGAAGAAAAAGAAUUAUUAUCAUUAAUAAUAAGAGUACACGAAUUAGAAAUCGAUAAAAUAAUAUUACAAAGUGAAAGAUUAACAAAAGAAAACGCAUUGAGACAAAGAGAUAUAACUAUAUUAAGAUUUAAUAGGCAAAGGCAAAUUUGUGACGAAAUAAUAACGCGACAAAGGAAAAUAAUGGAAGAUGGUAAAUUACAUCUUCCACCCGAUCUUCAAGAACUUUAUAAACUUUAUCAACAAGAACUUUAUUACGAUUCUUAUUCUUCCGAUCAUAAUAAUACUACGAAUGAUAGAAACGGUUCUGGAAAAUUACCACCGAUUUUAAAUAAUAAACGUUUUUCGUACGAAAAUAUAAAAACAUCGGAAAAUGAAGACAGUAGCGAAAAUAGCACGAGAACUCCUUCCAGCACACCAAGUUCCGAUUGGGCAACGAGUCCUUUACCACCAAUAAGAAAUGAACGUUUUGCCAUUAAUUCUUACCAGUCGAAUGCCAAUUUACCGCCAACAUCCGUUUUAUUUCCACCUAUAACUAGAUAA